AUGAUCGCUGACUUCAUUCUUAAUCUGUUCAAAUGUGAGCAAGGCAAGAAGGGCUCAGACUGGGACUUGGCGCUGGAGAUUCUCGGGUCUGUAAGCCUGGUGUUCUCAUGCCUAUUCGUCGUCGAACUCAUUGCUUCUGUUUGGGCAUUCGGCCGGAAAUACUUCAACUCUUGGUUUCAUUGCUUCGACGCCUUCAUCGUCAUUGCAGGGUUUAUUACAGAUGUCGCACUUCGCGGUAUCAUCGAGGAGGUCGCUUCUCUGAUUGUCGUCAUGCGGCUUUGGCGAGUUGUCAAGAUUAUAGAAGAACUUGGUGUUGGAGCUCAAGAGCAAACGGAAGAGCUGAAUGUGAAGCUGGAGAAAUUUGAGAGUGAAAAUGAAGAUCUGAGAAGUGAGAUCUCACGGCUGAAAGGAGCGAUGAAGAAGGCGGGUCUGGACCAGCAGGAUAUUGGAGGUAUUGUGAACUGA